AUGGACUCUAAAUUAUUUCCGGCCGAGAGUUUUAUUGGCCGGAACUUCCGGAAAAGAGUAUUGCGAUAUAAGGUUCCCUCCCGGAUCCACAGGGCUGUGUGUGGGGGCGAUGUGGAGAAAGUGAACCAUAUCCUUGCCUAUGGGGAAGCUGGCGUGGAUGAAAGGGACAAGAAGAACAGGACCCCUCUCCAUUAUGCCAGUACCUUUGGACAUUCAGAAUUGGUGAGCCUGUUAAUAAAGAAGAAGUGCAACCUUGAACUUCUUGAUAACUACUUCAGCACAGCACUGAAUAAGGCAGUAGAACACCAGCAUGAGGAAUGUGUAGAAAUCCUUCUAAAUAAUGGUGCCAAUCCAAAUGUUCAGGACAUUAAUGGAUACUCUUCUCUCCACUAUGCCGUCUUUUGUCAGACAACAGCAAUAGUAGAAAAACUGCUUUCACACAAUGCAAAUAUGGAAUUACAAAACAAGGAUGGGCACACGCCACUUUUACUUGCACUGAAGCACAAUAAACAAGAAGUGGCAGAACUUUUAAUUCAGAAUAAUGCAAAUAUACAUGCCGUCGACAAUGAUAAAAGGACUGCCCUUAUGCUGGCUACAAAAUAUGAAGCAAAACAUAUAAUUGAGCUGCUUCUUCAUGGAGGUAUUGAUACCUCUGCGAAAGAUCAGUUUGGAAAGAACGCAUUAUCUUAUGCUAUUGCUAGUUGUUUCAAUGUGUAA